CUGAGCUGCUGCCAACGACUGCUUCUCUCUCAAUAUGUUCAGAUUUUGAAACUGAAGGAUUCACAUGUUGAUGGAAUGAAAAUCAUCCGAGCAGAGUGGAGAAAGACCUGCAGACAUGGAACACGACAAACUAAUGGACAUCAUUAAACAAAAUCUUAAAGCCAAUUUUCAGAAAAAAAUGAGCUGGACAUACGAGGGAACUUCAGAGAGUCGGACCAAACUCCAGGAUGUUUACACAAAGCUCUUCAUUGUGCAACAGGCUGACCAACAAGGCUGCAUCCAACAUGAGAUUCUGCAUCACCAAGCUCCUGAUGACAAGUCACCAUAUAUGGAGUCAGACUAUGAGCAGAUCAACAGUCUGGACAUUUUUAAACCAGGAAAAAGGCGUUUCCAACAACCAUCAACACAAUGUAAAGAAAUCCAAAGAGUGAUGACAAAAGGCAUUGCUGGUAUCGGGAAAACGUUUGCCGUCCAAAACUUUUCUCUAAACUGGGCAGAGGGCAAAUCCAAUCAGCACAUUGAUUUAAUCUUCGUCCUCCCCUUCAGAGAGCUGAACAUGAUUAAAGAUGGGGAACACAGUCUGCUGCAGCUCCUCCUUUACUUCUAUCCUGAGCUCAAACCACUCAAAGAUGCAAAACAGCUAAUUAACGAGAAAAUUCUGUUCAUCCUUGAUGGCCUGGAUGAAAACCGAUAUCCACUGGACUUUAAAGAAGCCAUGAGUACGAGUGAUAUCAAUCAGAAAACAAGACUUGAUGUGCUGCUGAUCAACCUGAUCAGAGGCAAUUUACUGCAUGAUGCUUUGCUGUGGAUUACAUCCAGACCUGCUGCAGCCUCCCAGAUUCCCUGGAAAUACAUUGACCAGGUGACAGAAGUGCAGGGAUUCACAGACCAAGAAAAGAACAACUACUUCCGAAAGAGACUGAGUUCUGUCCAGAAGGCUGAAGAACUGCUGUCGGCUCUCAGAGGGAUGAUAAGCUUCCACUUAAUGGGACAUAUCCCUGUCUUCUGUUGGAUUAUUGCUGAGGUAUUUAAGAAGGGAUGGAGUGACCGAAGAAUCACCACAAUGACUGAGUUGUACAUCUAUUACAUCCUGAUCCAAACCAAAAGAACAACACAGAAAUAUGAGUCAAAGAGUUCCAGGAAAGAAUCCCAAAAGAGAGUUUCAAAUCUUCAGAGCACUGGUUUACUGUUGAAACUAUCCAAACUGGCCUUUGAGCAGCUUCAUAAAGGAAACAUCAUCUUUUAUGAGGAAGACCUCACAGAGUGUGGCAUUGAUGCUGAUGACGCUUCUUUGUUUUGUGGGCUUUGCUCAGAAAUCCUGAAGCAGGAAUUUGGUCUGUACCAGAAGAAGAUGUUCAGUUUUGUGCAUUUGAGCUUUCAGGAGUUUCUAUCUGCUUUUUACGUGUUGCACUGCUGCAAGACGAACAACCUUCAUCCUCUGAGGUCCUUCCUGGGAGUUGACCCUGCAGAUACGAGCUUCCUGGAGCUGCAGAAAAAGGUGGUAGAUAAAGCCUUGCAGAGUGAGAAGGGUCAGUUAGACCUGUUUCUCUGUUUCUUCCUUGGACUCUCACUGAGGUCAAAUCAAGAAAUGAUCCAAAGUUUGCUUCCCCAGACGGAGAGAAGCUCGGACACUACUGACAGUUUAAAAGCUUAUAUAAGGAAUUUUCAUGCCGAUAACAUCCCGACAGAGAGGUGCAUUAAUCUUUUCCUUUGCAAGUUUGAGCUCAAAGAAAGAGAAUUUCAGGAUGACGUUGGGAAGUACCUGAAAUUAGGAGUGAGGCUGUCAACCAUUGACUGCUCAGUGCUGUCAACCCUGCUGCAGAUGUCUGGUGAAGUGAUUGAAGAGCUCGAUCUGACCAGAUGCUGCAUAUUGGAUUCUGGGACUGAGAAGCUUCUCCAGCUAGUAGGAAACUGCAGGAAAGCUGUACUCAAGAGCAGACAUGUGCAAGACUUUAACCUCCACAUACUGCUGUCCGUUCUUCAGUCAGAAGAGUCAAGCUUACAGGAACUGUGUCUGCAUGGAACUCAUACCAUACAGACGCCGCUUCCUUUUGAGCUCUUUGUGGUGCUGGAGAGCCCUGUGUGCAAACUGCAGACCCUCAGAUUGUCUGGUUUCUCGCUGGACUUCAUGAGGCGUCGCCAACUUGCCACCGUGCUUCAGGUCGAACAAUCCAACUUGACAACUUUGGACCUGACAAACUGUACUUACAGUUAUGUUAAGAAUUACUCUGGAAAUUUUUCAGAACAUGAGAAGAAGGAAAAAUAUGAAGAUUUUAUUGACGAACCAUUGACUCUGAUUUCCACUGGAUUGAUUGGGCCUCUCUGUAAACUGAAGGACUUUGGGAUGAAGAGCUGUAAUCUGAGAAGUGGAUGCUGUCAGGUGUUUGCCGCGGCUCUCAGGUCCAACACCCAGCUGAGAAAACUGGAUCUGAGUAACAACCAGAUCCAGGAUCUGGGAGUGCAGCUGCUCUCCGGUGGACUGGGUGAUUCAAACUGUCGGUUGGAGUCUCUCAGGUUGUCAUGCUGUGGGAUCUCACAGGAAGGAUGUGCCUCUUUGGCCUCGGCUCUGAAGUCCAACCCUCUCUGUCUAACAGAGCUGGACGUGAGCUACAACCAUCCGGGACAGCUUGGAGUCAAGAUGCUCCUGGAGAGACUGGAGGACCCGAAAUGCAGACUGGAGAAACUCAAUGUGGAGCAUAAUGAAGAGUACUGGAUCAACCCACAGCUUCUGAACAAAUACGCCUGCGAUUUGACCUUUGACAUAAAUACUGCCAAUAAAUACCUGAUCCUGUCUGAGAGUAACAGAACAGUUCGUUUGACGGAGGAAAAGCAGAAGUAUCCUGAUCACCCAGAGAGGUUUAAAUAUGAGGGUCAGGUGAUGUGCAGAGAAGCUCUGACUGGACGCCAUUACUGGGAGGUGGAGGGAACUUCAGUCAAAAACCUGGGCGUUGCCUUUCAGGAGGUUAAGAGGAAAGGAUGCAACUUUCAGAUGGACUGGAGCAAUAAGACGUGGAUGUUGCAUAACUAUUUACUGCAUGGCUUCACGUUUCGCCACGGACAUCAGGAGGUCUACGUUCCGAUCACAUUUAUUGAUGACCAAGGAUUCGUGGCCCGACCCCGACCCAUGAGAGUUGGACUGUUUCUGGACUGGCCAGCUGGGAUUCUGUGUUUUUACUGGCUGUCUGGUGACACAAGAACUCUGCUUCACACCUUCCACUCAACGUUCACGGAGCCUGUUUACCCAGCGUUCACUGUUCAGGCCUUUUCUUUGACUCUGCUGCCUGCUGACAAACUGGAAACAGAACAUGUUCCUGUGAGCUUCACACCUGAGGUGAGCAGAGAGAGGAUCGGCGUCUCUUACAGCUUCCAGUUUCCUGGUUCAGGUCUGUUCCGAUGUUCUCUGACUGGUCUGGUGUUCGGAGUGACCCGGGAGGCGAAGCUGACCUACAAGACUCAAAUCUGGGAUGAGAAGCUGCUUCAGACGGCGAACAAACUGCCAGGCGGCCCUUUGUUCAGCAUCGAAUGUCGUCAGGACUGUAUCAGAGAGCUGCAGCUGCCACACUGUCAGCCUGAAGCAGCCCUGCUGCCUGCCUGCCUCUCGGUCGGCCACAUCACUGAUGAUGGGAUGAGCGUCGUUCCGUCACUGAGGGUCACAGAAACCCACGUGGUGGUGAGCGUCUCACAGCUUUCUGGCUUCGGCGUCGUGUUGGACCGGAUCAAGAGGUUCCUGACCAAGCCGAUUCGGGGCCAAGUUCUGCUGUUCCUGAGACGGCUGCAGCGACCGCUCAGCAUCCUCAGUGUGAUUCUGCUGCCCAGCAACGUUCCUCUGCAGGACGUGAAAGAGCAGCACAACGGUUCCAAGUUCAUCCAGGCUCCAUCCUUCUGCUCCUUCCACAAAGGGAAAACCUACCGCCUCCACAGCGACCCGGCGGGCCUCGCCAUCCAACCCAAAGCGGCUCAGUUCUUUGAGAACUACGGACCAAAUUACCACGCCACGUUUGAGAUCACGCUGCCGACGAGAACGGAGGACGUGACGGUGACGGUCCAGAGUCCGGAAGAGGAAAACGUCUGGGACUACGCCCUGCACCUGCCAGCCUCUCCUGGACCAGCAGACCAAAGGCGACUGCGGCUCGCAGAAAGUUUGUCAGCGGGGGAGAAGCUGAGAAGCGUCCGGCCGGACUUCAUCGAUCACGUGUCCAACCCGGUUCUGGACAAGCUGCUGGACGAGCUGCAGCACUGCAGGGUGAUAUCAGACGCUGAGGCGGACCAGAUCAGAACCAAACCCAGAGCAGAAAAAGCCCGAGAGAUGAUUGACACGGUGAGGAAGAAAGGAGCAGAGGCCAGCUCCAGAAUGACCUCUGCCCUCUGCGCCAAUGACCCGUAUCUGAGCAGCGAACUGGGCUUACUGUGACGGACAGAACCAGACAGAACCGGACAGAACCAGGAAGAACCAGGAAAAACCGGACAGAACCAGGAAGAACCGGACAGAACCAGGAAGAACCAGACAGAACCAGGAAGAACCAGGAAGAACCGGACAGAACCAGGAAGAACUGGACAGAACCAGACAGAACCGGACAGAACCAGACAGAACCGGACAGAACUGGACAUUGAAACGAUGAUUUUAUUCCCGCAUGUCGACUUUGCGUUCUGAGAGUAUUUUAGUGAUUCUUCGUGUUUCGUGUUGCACUGUGUGACGAAUCAGACGAUCAGCAGCAGGAAAACCAGAAGAUGAUCAAAUAAAUGCUGAUGAUUUUGCUGCUUCCUUCAACAGAUGAUUUAAUGACAGGUGAUCAACAAUAGAGCUUUAAUACAAAUCGUUAAAGAACUGAAAGCAAAACAUAAAAGUUCAACAUUAAUACCAUUUCUGGUCCAUCCAGGAUCUGAUCUCAGCAGGUUGAAACUUUCUGCGUAGAGAACAAGAAGAUGACAAAAUGAACAUUAUUUUUAUUGAAGGUUAAUAUCAAUUCAAUCACCUCAACUUUAAUACUUCACUUUUUAGUUGUACUUACAUUAAUACAUUAUAAUAAAUGUCAAAAACAUUCACCAGAUCGACAGAGAAUCUGAAGAAACUCAGAACAGAAAAUAAUGGACAUAUUGAUAAACCUGAUCAGCUGCUGCCUGCAGUACUCCUCCUGUCCACCAGAGGGAGGUAGAGACCAAUCUAAUGUCUAAGAAGCAGCAUGAGGAAUAAACAUAUUAAAAUCAUUUAUUUGAGUUUAAACGCCAACAGAACUGUAUUAAUCUGUGUGAAGAUGAGUUUAGUUCAUAUUUUCUGUUUUUGUGAUGUUUAAAAUCUUCCUCUGAUUAUUUGAUGAUCAUGGAUGUGAAACAUUGUGAACAAGCAUCAGACAUGAGAACCGGGUCUGUGUGCUUGUGGUGCUAACGUCUGUUUUCACUUUGCCGGGGAAACAAUACCUGACUGAGUCGGUUUCAGGAUUGACCUCAAAGUUUUGCUCACGUCAUUCAGAGACGAGAGAGCCGCUCUGAGGUUUCACACCUGAUGCUGCUGCAGUGGGUCUCUGCUCUUUGUCCUGGGAGGGUUUCGAGGCAGAAGAGGCAGGGCUGCUGCUGCAGGCCUCAUUAAAUGCUCUGCUGCUUUAAAAGCUGCAGCAAAGGGAGGCUUUUCUCCUCUCAGAUCUCCACUUGGUUUGGUUUGUAUCUUAGGUUUUGUUGGGUUUUGUCUUGCAUUUGCUUAUUUCUGGUUAGUUAUGGGUUUUGUCAUUAACUUAUUUUGGUUUCUCAUUUCAGGUAUUUGUGUCAGUUGUUAUUUCUUCAGUAUACUUUAAUAAAUUCAUUUUCUCUUAA